GCGCGGUGCCGGUGGAAGGGCUCGGGGCGCUGGGGGGGGGGCGGCGGGAGGUGGGGGGCACGGUGGUGCCGGGAAAGGGGCCCUGGCAGGGCAGGGACCCCCGCUGCCAGGCCUCGGGGUGACCCCCGCCGUGUCCCCCCCAGGUUGAAGCCCCGAAGCGGUGCUGUCGGGAGGGGACGGGCACCCCAGCUUGGGUACCGCACCCGGGGCCGGAGGCGGCAUCUUCUCCUGCAUCCCUGCGGCCGUGGCUCGCUGAGCCGCCCUCCGUCGGGCUGGCGUCGGCAGGGAGCAGAGGUGGGGAGCUCGUGCGUGGGCCUGGGCGCUGGUGACCUCUUAGGCCUGCCCUACGGCUUCGGGAUCCAGUCUUCAGGGAAGGAAAACUCAUCCAGAGCCGCUCAGCCCGUCCUGGACGGCUGCAGACCGAGCCCACCGCCGCGGAGCUGCCCCUCGUGCCUGUUGAGAUACUUCACGGACUGUCAACAAGAAGCAUCUCACGUGCAUGUGGUCCCUUCGCAAGAUGAAACAAGUAGCGGCAUCACCGCCGGAUGAGCCUUCGGAAGUCCUGGCUUGUUAUUUAAGCAAGCCCAGGCUGCCUGGUGUGAUUUUUGGGCGCGCGUGUCCCUGUUCCCUCUCCUGAGCGGUCCUUACACCCACCAACGGCUCGUGGGGCCCUGGGGAUGUUCUCCCUUGAGCUCGAAGCAGCAGCCCUCGACUCAGACCGACCCAGCGGGGCGCAUUUUGGAGCUGCUGGGAAGGAGCGCUCGUCUCUGCAGCCCCCCUCGCGCAGAUGACUGACGCAGUGAUGAACGGGAGGGUGCCCCUGCCCGAAAAAGCCUUGUCCGAGGGCUAUGCCCGGCUGCGGUACAGGGACACUUCGCUGCUCAUCUGGCAGCAGCAGCAGCAGAAACUGGAGUCGGCCCCCCCCAACACCUACCUGAGCCGCAGCCGGAGCAUGUGGUACUCGCAGUACGGCAACGAAGCCAUCCUGGUGCGGGACAAAAACAAGCUGGACGUCUCCAGGGACACGGGGCAAUCUAAGUUUUGCGCUAUUAUGUAAUUGGGGUGGUUUCGCACUAGAAAUCCACACGUGGAGACAAACCAGACUCGCACCAAGCUGGGGGAAGACGGGUUUCCACCAUCCUCACCGCAGACCUGCGGCUAAAGCAGCGUGGACGGCAUGGCCCAGAAUGGCUGCCGCGAGUCUACGUUUGUUUUCGCUGUUGGUAGCAUCCGAUUUUGCAUGUUAUUGAGCGUGCGUAACGAAAACAGCCUCGCCAGGGAACUUCUGAGCCUGCGUUUGCUGCCUGGCACCUUGGCAGGGUCCGUGCUGGACCGUGUGUUGGUUGGAAGUGGCAGUGCGCCGUGAGGAACACCCGCCGGCAGUCGGGAGCCAGCCCCAGCAGGUGCUUUUAUGGCUGGCCCUCGUGCAUUGCCAAAGCUCUGCGAAUGCUGCUGGGAGAGGCGAGCGCGGAUCCGUUUCCAUUGAGGCAAGUAUUUUAAGUUGAUCCACAAAACUACCCGGCCGUUAACUUGUUCCGCUUGCCCUGUCUGCCUGUAAUUACUGCCCUGGAAGUGGUCUCUUACAACCAGGUAAUAAAGUGAUUUGUCAUAAGGGGGAAAGAAUAGAUUGAGAAUUUCAUCUGAGCCUUCCAGGCAGGAAGGACGCGCUGCAGUUUUGUUCCCUGCAAAGCAAAGGGCCCUCCCUGAUGCCAUGAUUUGGUGUCAUGGAAGUAACGGGGGGAGCUCUGGAGUUAUGGAGCCAAUUCCCUCCACGUUGCUCGAUCCCCAGCCCGUGCUCUGGGGACGGAUCGCCGAGGAGCCACCUGAAAGGGAGGGACAGCCCUAGGAGAGCAACAGGAAGAAAACUACUGUAAAUACACCCAUCUCCUGCCACGGGACGCGAGGAAACUCCUGCGCAGCACCCGCCUGCCCCCAGAGAGCGUUACGCAAGGGAACAGCCUACUGACGUUGGCUUUGCGUUUGAGUUUUAAUGCACGCGGUAGCUUGGAAGGCUUUAUCUUCUAAUUCGGGUUGGACAGUAGAUUCGGUGCGUGUAUUUUAAAAGUCACAUCUGGGAGCGUUUGUUUCAACUAACUGAAGGGUUUUAGGAGGGAAAAAUACUAGGAUUGCGCUUCUUGGGAAUAGAGACUGCUCUCAGGGCGUUUCCCAACUUGCUCAAGGCAAGGUCCAUCUGAGAAACCCAGCCCAGCCAGCACCUAAAGCUGUAUUGAACACAGCAGUACCGCUUCCAGGGGUGCUAAUUACGCGCCCAGGGUCCAGCAUUAAAGUGUAACAUUGGGCUUAAGGACGCCCUUUCCGUCCUCCUGCAGCCCCCCGCGCACAGGCUGCACUUGAGCGAAUCAGUGUUUGAUGUUGACUUCAGUAUGGAUUAUUUACCUGCCUAAAACUAGGCACAUCCAUCACUUACAUUUAUCUAAAACCUCUUCUGCAUUUAUCAAGCACUUUAUUUAUUAUUUUUUUAAUACAGUGAAGAAUCACCUUCGCCACCUCUCCCGGGCGGGUUAAACGCCACCACACACGCACCGGAGUCCGCUGAACUCCCCGUGCUGAGCAGAACAUACCUGUUGUAACGUGAGAUCGUAGAGGUUUGACGUCCUCCUCAGCGCUGAUGCGUAGCACGUGUAUGCACUGCAAACCAUAGGCAGCUCUUUUUUUUCUUCGUAGUACUAUUUAUGCAUGUGUUGAUGUUUGGUACCUUCGUGUGUGUGCUCAUAAAACUAAACCUGCUGAUGGACCGCAGUGUUUCGCAGACCUGCGCCGUGCUCCUCUUCGUCUUGCCAGGACUUGCUCCAGGUGGGAAAGAUUUUGGUGAACGGAUGUAUUUCAACUGGGGGAAAAACCAACAGAUGAGAUUGACAAAACCAGCGGGACUCCGACAGCUGCUGCCGCGGCGACGGUGCUCCCGCAUGGAGCAUGGUGUUGAGGUGGAGCGGGGCUGGGAUGCGGGACCCACCUGGGGCUGCAGUGCCUGGCCCAGGGAAGGGGUGAUGAUCCAUAGGAAGGGGCAGGAGGCCGGUCUGAGAGCUCCCCUUGGAACUGCCAGUGGAAGCAACCCGGAAAGGUAGGAGAGAGGUGGCCCAGGACCUUUCCAGCAGCCCAGGGGAGCAGGCGAACUCUGGGAGUUUAAGGAACAGCACAUCCCCAAAACCAGCUGUUCAUUUUCUUUACUUUUCUUAUAGAAAAAACAAGUAAUUUUUUUUUUAAUUUCAGUGAGAAAGUUGAUUAUUUUGGGUAUAAUCAGUUUUUAUUUAUGUGGCUGGUAAACCAAAAUGCAGUUAUUUGAAGAGUGUUAAUUGGACUAUACAACAAUAAAAAGUAUGUGCAUAAAUUCUUCCAGGAUUGAGACAUGACAGUACAGGAGGAGUGUGACUUGUUCUUCCAUCGCUCUGUCAAUGUGACACUAUUGUUUUCCGUAUCUGUGUGUCCUUAUUAGUCACAGCAGGUUGUGGAGCAGCUGCUAGGAGGGAGCUUUCCGUAAGCCGGUUGUGUAGUGUUGAUGCACUUGUUUAAAAUGCUGUUGUAGCCUCUUGGAUAAAGUGCAUUAAAAUGAUUUGAAUGCA